AUGCUGGGUAAAAAAACUGUUACUUUUGCUGACGAUGUAAGAUCCGAUACUUCUGAAGAAGCGUUUGAAAAAUUAAAGAAGCCUUAUUAUGCUAAUAAAAAAUUAACUGAUCCUGUCAAAGAGGUAGAAGAUAAAUGGCAACUUUUACCUGCUUUCCUCAAAGUUAAAGGAUUGGUUAAACAACACAUUGAUUCUUAUAAUUAUUUUGUUGAAACUGAAUUAAGAAAGAUUGUCCGAACCAAUGAAAUGAUUACCUCAGAUGUAGACCCUUCAUUUUGGUUAAAAUACCUUGAUAUUAGGGUUGGACCACCAGAUAGACCUGACACGGAUCAUGAAGCACAUAUUAAUGUGUUUACUCCUCAUGAAUGUAGAUUAAGAGAUUUAACGUAUUCCGGUAACAUUUAUGUUGAUAUAGAAUAUGUUCGUGGAAAAAAAAGAGUUGUACGUAAGAAUACUAUUAUCGGUAAAAUGCCAAUUAUGCUUAGGAGUUCCAAGUGUGCAUUAACUGGAAAAUCGGAAGCUGAACUGGCAAAGAUGUUUGAAUGUCCUUUGGAUCCAGGUGGUUAUUUCAUUAUAAAGGGUACGGAGAAAGUAAUUCUUAUACAAGAACAACUUUCGAAAAAUCGUAUCAUUGUUGAAGGUGAUAAAAAAGGCCUUGUGCAGGCUUACGUUACAAGUUCGACUCACGAAAGAAAGAGCAAGACGUAUAUAGUAGCAAAGAAUGACGCAAAAAAUGACAAAAUAACUUUAAAGCAUAAUUCUAUAUCAGAAGAGAUCCCUAUUGUAAUUGUGAUGAAGGCGAUGGGAAUUCAAUCAGAUAAAGAAAUAUCACAGCUUAUUUCGGGAGGAAAUCGGACAUUUUUAAAUAUGUUUUCGCCGAAUAUAGAACAAUGUGCAAAAAUGAAAAUAUUUACACAGAAACAAGCGUUAGAUUAUAUUGGAAGCAAAGUUAAAGUAACAAGAAAAAUAGCAAAUGUCAGAAGACCUAUGGCAGAAGAAGCGUUGGAGGUGUUAUCGACUGUAGUGCUCGCUCAUGUGCCAGUUAAAGAUUUAAAUUUUCAACCGAAAUGUAUUUAUAUAGCCAUCAUGAUUCGACGAGUUUUAAUGGCCUUGGCAAAUGAAAAUUUGGUCGAUGAUCGAGAUUAUGUUGGAAACAAAAGAUUAGAAUUAGCUGGAUCUCUGUUAUCUUUAUUAUUUGAGGAUUUAUUCAAGAAGUUCAAUUUUGAUUUAAAGAUGAACAUUGAUAAACUAUUGAAAAAGCCAAACAGAGCCACGGAAUUUGAUGCUCAUAAACAACUCAUGCAACAUGGUGAUAGUAUUACAAAUGGAUUUGUAAGAGCUAUAGCUACAGGGAACUGGACAUUAAAACGUUUUAAGAUGGAAAGAGCUGGAAUAACUCACGUGCUUAGUAGAUUGAGUUAUAUUUCGGCGUUGGGAACAAUGACUAGAAUAACUUCACAAUAUGAAAAAACAAGGAAAGUUAGUGGACCCAGAGCACUUCAGCCGUCACAAUGGGGCAUGUUAUGUCCCGCAGAUACCCCUGAAGGGGAAGCCUGCGGUUUAGUUAAAAACCUUGCUUUGAUGACUCACAUAACUACCGACGACGAAGAACAACCAUUGAGACGAUUAGCUUUUAAUCUCGGUAUUGAAGACGUUAAUAGUUUGACAGGUGCCGAGCUAUAUCGUAAUAACGCGUAUAUGGUCUUCUUGAAUGGUCUUAUGCUCGGAAUUACGUGUCAGCCGAAUAGCUUCGUUCAAGAUUUUAGACGAUUGCGUCGAUGUGGUAGAAUUUCAGAGUUUGUUAGCAUUUAUGUGAAUCAUCAUCACAAUGCCGUUCAUAUUGCUUCGGAUGGUGGGCGAGUAUGUCGUCCUUUAAUCAUUGUAGAAAAUAUGAUACCUAAAGUUAACACGAAACAUAUUCAGAAAUUAAAAAGAGACGAAAUGGCGUUUGCGGAUUUUUUAGCACAAGGCCUUGUUGAAUAUUUAGACGUGAACGAGGAAAAUGAUUCAAAUAUCGCCAUCUAUGAACGUGAGAUAAUUGCUGAGACCACGCAUCUGGAAAUUGAACCUUUUACAAUUUUAGGUGCUGUAGCAGGAUUAAUUCCUUAUCCACAUCAUAACCAAAGUCCUAGAAAUACUUAUCAAUGUGCUAUGGGUAAACAAGCAAUUGGCGCCAUAGCUUAUAAUCAAUUAAGAAGAAUCGAUACAUUAUUAUAUCUUAUGGUUUACCCACAACAACCUAUGGUUAAAACUAAAACUAUCGAAUUGGUAGGAUAUGAUAAAUUACCGGCAGGACAAAAUGCUAUAGUCGCAGUGAUGAGUUAUUCUGGUUAUGAUAUAGAAGAUGCCCUUGUACUAAAUAAAGCAUCGGUUGAUCGUGGUUUUGGACGUUGUCAAGUCAUGAGAAAACACGUUGCUCUGAUGAAAAGGUACGCAAAUGGAUCUUUUGACCGUAUCGUAGAUCCUCCUGCACAGGUUGAUUGCCCUACGGGGCCUUCGGCUGAGAGAUUUAAUAUAUUGGAUUCCGAUGGUAUAGCGGGAGUCGGUGAAAGAGUGAUGCCAGGACAGGUUAUUGUGAAUAGACACACACCAACAAAUUUAUCGGCGAAUAUACCAGUUAAUAUGCCAAUAAUGAACGCACCAGUUAUACAAUUUACUUGGAAACAUUCUCCGUUAACAUAUAAAGCCCCAGAACCUGGAUAUAUUGAUAAAGUGUGUGUAACUACGACAGAACAAGAGCAAACUCUUAUUAAAAUUUUAAUAAGACAAACACGGGUACCAGAAUUGGGGGAUAAAUUUUCUUCACGUCAUGGACAAAAAGGUGUAUGUGGCAUCAUAGUACCCCAAGAGGAUAUGCCAUUUUCUGAUUCUGGUAUAUGUCCUGAUAUUAUUAUGAAUCCUCAUGGGUUUCCUUCGCGUAUGACUGUGGGUAAAAUGAUUGAAUUAUUGGCUGGUAAAGCUGGCGUAUUAAAAGGUGAAUUACAAUACGGAACUGCAUUUGGUGGUAGUAAAGUCGAGGAUAUGAGCAAAAUUUUAAUCGAAAAUGGUUAUAGUUAUUCGGGAAAAGAUUAUGUGACCUCCGGGAUCACGGGAGAACCAUUAUCAGCGUAUAUAUUUUUUGGACCAGUAUAUUAUCAAAAAUUAAAACAUAUGGUAGUGGAUAAAAUGCAUGCAAGAGCGAGAGGACCAAGAGCAGUAUUAACAAGACAACCAACAGAGGGUAGAUCAAGGGACGGAGGAUUACGUCUUGGUGAAAUGGAAAGAGAUUGUUUAGUUGGAUAUGGGGCAAGCAUGUUGUUAAUGGAGAGAUUAAUGAUAUCAUCGGAUCAAUUUGAUGUACAUGUUUGUGAACAAUGUGGGUUAUUGGGUUACAAAGGUUGGUGUCAAAAUUGCAAAUCAAGUAAAUUUAUGGUCACUAUGCAAAUGCCUUAUGCUGCUAAAUUGCUUUUUCAAGAAUUACAAAGUAUGAACAUUGCUCCUAGAUUAAUUUUGGAAGAAUUUUAG